AUGCACUGCAAGGCCGAUAUCACCUUCUUGCUCAACCCAUCCGGCCAGGUGGAUAGCACCGCGGAAACGCCGUGCUCGAGGCCCGACCACGCCGACCUCGAGUUGACAGGGACCUCCUCGCCACCAAUGUCGCUGUUCCGCAGCUUGUCGCCGGUCGCGAGAAGCCCCGACUCGGCUUUCACGCACCGGCAGACGCUGGUGGCACCGGACAUCGUGCCCCGCGAGAAGAAAAUGACCGACCUCCAAUGUUACGGAAGCGGCACGACGCGGCUGCCGAUGAUCUCCAUAGCUGCCUUGUGCGUCAGCAGUGACUCAAGCCCCAGCGGCAGCGUCGACGGCGAAGACGCUCAGUCCGAACUGGCAUCAACUUUUGAAUCCGAGCGCAUGCCAAAACUUUGCAAGACCCACGCUCCUCCGUGCCAAGUCGAGGGUUGCCCGAACCUCUCUGUCUCCCGAGGGCUAUGUGUGCGCCACGGCGGUGGCUCCAAGUGCACAUUCCCCGGGUGCACCAAGCGUGCCAAACUGAACCAGCGCUGCUUUCAACACGGCGGAUACAAGAUGUGCACUGAACUUGGCUGUACCAAGAAGGCGAAACGCUAUGGUCACUGCUGGUCGCACGGCGGCGGCCACAUUUGUGAAUCGCCCGAGUGCACCAAGGUGUCCACGCAAGGAGGCUAUUGCUGGGCUCAUGGUGGCGGCAACCGCUGCAAACACGAGGGCUGCAACCGCCGCUCCUAUCGGCGGUACGACUACUACUGCAUGCGCCACGCCAAGACCAAGAUGGUGUACCAAGUCCGUCAAUUCGGAUGA